GGAGCGUGGACCCCAUAUUCGUGACGCUUUGAGAAUUGGGUGCAAGCAAGACAUGCAUCACAAAAUCAAAGCGGCAACCGCACACAACUCCACACAAAUCCACGGCGGAACAUACCGGUACACUCGAUCCUUCUGUGUGAACCCUCUCCUCGAUCACUGACAACAGAUAGUACUCGACUCUCUUUGCUGCGAUCUUCGUCUUGAUUUGAUCUUGUUCAUCAUGGCAGCAGUGAGAACUUCUUGGAGACGCGUAGCCCUCCUCUGUGUGGUCUUGAUGACGGCCAAGGUGACAGCCAACGGGAACAACCAGGACGAUGGGAAAUGGGGUCUUCCAGGGAACAACAACAACAACAAAGAAACCAAGUCCGACGGUCGUAAUAGUAGUAGCAAAAAGCCCAAAAAGAACAACAGCAAACCAAAAAAGAAACCUCCGAGCGGCGGAAAUGACGAUGACGAUGAUGAUUCCUCCUCCUCCUCUUCGAAUAAUCCCUUCAAGGCAUCCUUUACGUUUUUCCCUCAAUCCGACUUGACGAGUUUCAAUUCACUCCUUCCAAACAACAAUGGCUCCCAAAAUCAAGAAGAAUCCAAGGAAGCAUUGCUGUCACGGCUGCAAGCAUAUGUCCGAGAACGCAUGAUGGAUCACGACGAAAUCGACAAACAAGUCAAUCGAAGUCGAAAAGAAUGGGAAGAUCUCAACACGGAACAACACAUGAAAACCAUUCAAGCCAUGAUGAAACUGGGAUCCAUCAUUCUCAAGAGUCCACUCAUCAAGACGCUCAUGAGCAGUCGAGACGCACAAGAAUCACUGCGACAGUUUGUUCUGUCCAUCAAGAUGCUGUUGGAAGACCCCGAAAAGGAAUUUGUCCUUGGGGACUCGGAACGAUGGCACGCCAUGUUUGAACGACUCAAAAAGUGGGAAGGAGCCUCACAAGAUAGUCUACUCGAAAUACUCAUUCAGCACCUAGAACAACGAAACGACAACAAUGAUUGAUUCAGUGAGUGACAAUUCGAUCUUCACUCAAGCCCCCUAUCACAGCAGACAAGUCAUGCUUGCUUGCUUUAUUGAUUCAAGCUGCAUGGGCGUGAACUGAAAUUGGGGCAACUUCAAACCUCCUGUCAAUCUAUCUAUACCCUGGCCUGGCCGAUUGGAUUCCCAGUGUUGUAUUCACGACAAUAUACAGACUAGAUUAGCUAUACGGUACAAUGGAGAGGUUAUGGACACUUGCGAUUAUUGGCUGACCAGUAUCCUUUGGCUCGGGUUGGUGGAGUAACACAUGGGUUGUUUCCCACUUAUAUGCCAUCACAAGAAGCUGGCACUUUAGAACAAUGUGUGUGACAUAAUACUAUUGGCUACUAACUAGGACUCCGCAAUUAUUCCAUUCCAAAGGGA